GGGCCUCCGCUUCCCAGGAUCAUGAAGCCCUCUCUGCUGUCGCUCUUUGUGCUGGGGGUUGUGGCCCUGACGGAGACCCGGGCAGGCUCGCACUCCAUGAGGUAUUUCCACACUGCCAUGUCCCGGCCUGAGCUCGGGGACUCCCAGUUCAUCACGGUGGGCUACGUGGACGAUCAGCAGUUCGUGCGCUUCGACAGCAGCAGCGAGAGUCAGAGGAUGGAGCCUCGGGCGGCCUGGAUGGACAAGAUGGAGGAGGAGGAACCGAACUACUGGGAGGAGCAGACGCAGAUCUACAGGAAGAACGCGCAGAUUUACCGAAGGAACCUGGAGACCCUGCGCGGAUACUACAACCAGAGCCAGGGCGGGCUUCACACCAUCCAGAGAAUGAUGGGCUGCGAGGUUUCCCCGGAUGGCAGCUUCAGGAAGGGGUUUUACCAGUUUGCCUAUGAUGGACACGACUACAUCGCCCUGCAUACGGAGACCCUCUCCUGGACAGCAGCAGACACUGGAGCCGAGAACACCAAGCGCAAGUGGGAGCCUGAGAAGAGCAUCGCAGAGAGCUAUAAAGCCUAUCUGGAGAAGGAGUGCACGCACUGGCUGAAGAAGUACCUGGAGAUGGGGAAGGAUGUUCUGCUGAGGGCAGAUCCCCCUUCUGCCAGAGUGACCCGGCACAGAGGCCCCGACGGGGAGGUGAGCCUGCGGUGCCGGGCCCACGGCUUCUACCCUGCGGAGAUCUCCCUGAUGUGGCUGCGGGAUGGCGAGGAGCAGCUCCAGGACACGGAGUUCAUUGAGACCAGGCCGGGGGGAGAUGGCACCUUCCAGAAGUGGGCCGCUGUGGCCAUGGCCCCGGGCCAGGAAGACAGAUACAGCUGCCGAGUCCAGCACGAGGCCCUGGCCCAGCCCCUCAGUCUGAGAUGGGAGCCCGAGGCCUCCUCCUUGUGGGUCAUUGUGGGGGUCACUGCGGGGGUCCUCGUCCUGGUCACUGCAGUGGUGGCUGGAGCUGUGAUCCUGAGGAGAAGGAAUUCAGGUGGAAAAGGAGGAGCCUAUGUUCCAGCUGCAGGACAGUGCCCAGGGCUCAGACCUGUCUGUUACAGCCACAGCUUAUGAGAAUCUCCUUGUGCAGAGCUGAGGAAAAAUCCUGGUUAUAUCGAAGGCCACAUUUCCUGUCUUGUUCCUGUUGACCUCUGACCUCUCCUCCUCAUCAUUGGCCCCUGGGAUCAUUACUGUACUGGACUGAUCCAAACCCAGGGAGAAUCAUUCAUGUCCUCAUCCUGUUAUCUAAGAUUCCAUCCCCCCGCCCCCCUGCCUUCUCUCAGUUUCUCUCAGUUUGUAGGGAAACAACCAGCACUGAGGGCCAAAUGGGGCUAGAAAUGAGCUUCCUUCACAUUGGAUGCUGCCCUGAACUCUGUGAUUUUUUUGCCCUUUUGUAAAAAUGAAUUGUAAAUAUUUAUUUAUUUAUUUAUUAUUUAUUUCUAAUAUGUGUACAUUGGUCAUUACUAUUAAUUUUUUUAAUUAUUUUUCUUGAUUCCUCAUCUUUCCCCCCAUAAUCUCCAAUGAAUUUUGUAAGGUCAAACUAAGUCCUUUGUGCUGCUCCUGUGAAUCAUUACCCCCCAUUGUUCAUGAGGAAAGCUCUCCUCAUCGCUUAGUCUGUACCAAAAUCUCUCCUCACCAGAGCAGUGAGGAAAUAAACUUCUCCAUGCUUCAC